CGGCUAUUUCUCUCCAACGGAUUUAAAUUCUUCUCUCCUCGGUUGCUUCACUCACUCACUGACUCACCCUAGACAAAACCAGUACCACUUUUCACUCACGCUCCUUCGCCAAACCCUCUUUCGCUUUCUCUCUUAACUCCAUGGACGAAGACAUUCAGAUCGAAGGCGCACAAUCUCUCGGAGACGACUUCUACGAGAAGAUCGAAGCCCCCAAGUUCGUGGACCUCACCGCACCUGAUCGGCACCGCUCUUCAUCCGAAGAUCGCUACUGGUUUUGCCUCCGUGUCGGGUGUGACCAAAAGCAUGACGAAGAAAUGGAUUCUGAAGCGAUCUACAAGAAUUUUGUUCUUCGGGUGAUGGCUGCGAGGAGUCCAAAUGUUAGACUUCGGAAAGCCCUCUAUGGAAAAAAUUCAAGUGCAAAUGUGAAAUGCCCACUUACAGUUCCGGCAAAACCUUCAAGGUCUAGAGUGUCAAGAUUGGCACUGAUCUCUUCUAUAUCUCAAAAGAUGGUUGAUGGUAAAGUUAAGGGCAGAGCUCUUCCUAUGCACAGUGAAACGCCAAUGGGGAAGGAAAAGCAAUCAUCUGUUUUAGUCAAGUCUCUGACAACUCCACGGAACAAAAAAGGCCUCUCGAAUCAUGAUAGAUUUCGAAGUGUUAGAAACCCAAAACCAACAACCAUUGCAGUGCCAAAGAAUAAGAUUGUGGCCAAGGCUCUGGUAUUUCAUUCACCUAAGAAGACAGUGAAGAUAAAGACUUCUGCAGACUUGGGUUCUCGUAUGAGAACAAUAUGUGCAGGGAUGAAGAAGCUUGAAAUAUCCAGCUGCAAUAAACCACUGCCUGUAGACGCUUCAAGAAAACAAUUUAGAGGCCGAGAGGUCAAAAGCCGGGUCUAUGAUUCCUUGCGUUCUCAAAAUUGCCUAACAAGGGAAGCCAAAUCUGCAAAAUGUUUAAAGAAAAAGGAAAAAAAUUUACUGCCGUCCAGCAGUUCGGCCCCCUAUGAACAGAAUGAAAAUGACUCUAGUGACAUGGAGAUUGAAGGGAAAUCAAGAAACGGUUCUCUUGAAGUAUGCUCAACAUCAGGUACUUCUAAGAAUAAUGAAGACAAGGAAUGUUUGAUAACUCUGACGACUGAGAAUAAAGACCAAGUUGUAUCAGGCACCUCAAUAAGUAAUACAACCUCUAUUACAAAUAGUGGAGAGAAGAAUGAAGGAGGCCACGAUAUUGCAGACUUCCCAGCUCCAAGUGAAGAGGACGGUAAGAUGAAUGCAGGAAGCAGUGUUGAGAGCCAAAUUAAACCAACUCAAGAGGAGAGGGUCAUGAAUGAUGAAAAUGAAAAUGCGUCUAAUGAUAAAGAAAAUGCACGUGAAGUCAUGGACAACAGUGAUGACAAGGAAAAUGCUUCAUCUUCUGACACAAACAGAAAAAUGGAUAUGAAAUCCAGCCAUAUGGACAAAAAGAAACCUCUUGGCCAUCAUGAAAAAAAGCAGAAAAGCAUUCGAACGGUAGUGAAAGGAAGAGGCAAGACAGAUAAAGGGAACUCCACUGCUGCUGUCACAUACGCUGAAGGGGUGAACUACAGAAAACCUAAGCUGACAAAUCCCAAGCCAUUUAGGCUAAGAACUGAUGAAAGACAAAUUCUUAAGGAGGCAAACUUGGAGAAGAAAAUACAUCGUGAUGAACCUCUGAAAGAAAUCACAAAAAUUACGAAGUCCCCUCAUGGACACUUGCAGAGAAGACUUCAGAAUGCAGCUGCCCAAGGAAAUGAAAAGUCCAUUGAACAAAGUGAAAAUACUAUUGCUGCACGUGAAGGCAGUGAAGUGGAACCAGAUAGAACACCGAAGAAUCAACCUCGAAGAGUGGGAGCAUCUUGCUCACAAACUCGAAAAGUAGUACGCACUAAACAGAGACGUAUAGUUACAGAUUCAGAACAGGAAUUUUGCCAAGAUAAGGAGUCCAAUACUAUAUCAGCUGAUGGAAGCAUCAAAAGGACCAAGUAUAUGAAACCGCUUGCAAGGACUUCUGGGACUGAAUCAAGUAAGAAGGAGUCGAUUAUGUUUCGCUUGGCACCUGGUCAACUUGGUGUAAUAAAGGAAUCAUCUCCUACAAUCUUAAGGACCAAGAUAGUAGCAAAAGCAGUGGAAAAUGGUGCUUACCCUGCAAUCAAAACUCUUACUCCUACAACAUCGUUACUGGGAAGAAAACCUACAACUCCAAAGGAACCACACUUCCACAGUGUCCAUGUUCCAAAGAGUUGCGUGAAGAGAGUAGUAGCAUAGGUCUUUCACCUCCUUGGUUGUGUGAUAUGUUGUUUUUUGUUCAAUUGUUUAUUGAAUUAGAAUUGUUGUUUGAUUUGUUUUGUUCAUUCUUCAGCUUCAAAGGAGCUUUUUAGCUGAGUUCCUUUAAGUAGUUGUACGUUGUAACAUCAGCAUUUAGCAAGAUACAUAUUCGUGUAAUCAGUUAUUUACGAUUUUACGAGAGAAUUCUGGUUACGCGAUGA